AUGAGUUCCACGGGAUCAACCAAGGGAGGUAGAGGCAAGCCAAAGGCCUCAAAGUCGGUAUCGCGGUCUCAGAAGGCUGGGCUUCAAUUUCCGGUGGGGAGGAUUGCAAGGUUUCUCAAGGCCGGAAAGUAUGCCGAGCGUGUUGGAGCCGGCGCCCCCGUCUACCUGUCUGCUGUUCUUGAGUAUCUCGCGGCCGAGGUUUUGGAGCUUGCUGGAAAUGCAGCGAGGGACAACAAAAAGAAUCGCAUUGUACCUCGCCACAUACAGCUAGCAGUAAGGAAUGACGAGGAGCUAAGCAAACUAUUGGGGUCAGUAACCAUUGCUAAUGGAGGGGUUUUGCCCAACAUCCACCAGACUCUGUUGCCAAAGAAGACGGGUAAAGGCAAGGGGGAGAUUGGGUCUGCUUCCCAGGAAUUUUAGAGAGUUGUGUUAAUGGCCUCUCCUUGUCCUUUGUCUUUUUGAUAGAUAUGUAGUAUACACAUCUUCUCUUCCUUCUAUGGAUAAAGUUUUGUUCUUCUAAACUCUUUGGAACAAAAUGAAGUUCUAAGCUUUUUGAGGUGCUC